GCCGUGCCCGAGCCAUGGCGGGCGGUGCGGAGCGCGGCUCCUACAGGUUCCUGGUGCUGCUUUUCAACUGCCUCCUCACCUUCGGGUCCUACUUCUGCUUCGACAUCCCGAGCGUCCUGCAGCAGCAGCUCCAGGGGACUCUGUGACUUGUGCAGAACUUAACCUGCCCCAAUGGAACCCAUCGGAACAGCACUGAGCAGAAUAGCACGCAGGACUGUGUUGAAGGCUUGGGAAUGACGCCAGCACAAUACAACUUGCUAUACGCCAUCUACGCUUGGAUAAAUGCAAUAGUGGUCAUUCUGGCUGGAUUCUUGAUUGAUAAGCUAGGAAAUCGCUUUGGUGUCUUUGUUUUUUCUCUUCUGACUGUGCUGGGAUCAUCAGUCUUUGCUCUAGGCUCACAUUUCAAGGGGUCGCCGUACCUCCUACCACUGAUGCUAACGGGAAGACUGCUCUUUGGUUCUGGGAAUGGGUCACUUACAAUUGUGCAGAACCGUAUCACAGCCUUCUGGUUCAAGGGGAAGGAACUGGCACUGGCAUUUGGACUGACUUUGUCUUUCUCCCGACUUGGGAGCGUCCUUAACUUCUUCUUCACCCAGCAAUUCGAGGCGAAGUUUGGAAUACAGUGGACACUCUGGGGAGGUACCCUGCUGUGUGUGCUCGGUUUCGUCUCAGCCCUUGCAGUCAGUGUUCUAGAUAAAGUGGGCAUGAAGCAGCUGGGCUUGGAUGGGGUUAUCCAGCAGGAAUCCAAACAAGUGCGGAUCCAGGACAUCCGGCGACUUCCUCUUCGCUACUGGCUCCUGGUCUUCACCAUCAUGUUCUUCUACAACGGAGUCUUCCCCUUCGUGGCAGAUGCCAGCAAGUUUAUCCAGGAUAAAUAUUCCGGUUACAGUCAGCAGGCGGCUGCUUACAUUGCUGGAGCCGUGUACGACAGUUCCCUCGUCCUCUCGGCAGCAGCUGGCAUAUUAAUUGACUACGUUGGACUGCGAGGCAUCUUUGCUGUUGGUUGUGCUGCACUGACUCUGCCGGUCUUUGCUCUCCUGGCAUUUACGUUUGUUCCGCCGCUGGUCUCCACCGUCUGGCUGGGCUUCACCUACUCCUUUGCUGCUGCUAGCAUGUGGCCAUCCAUACCCCUUGUGGUCCCCCGGGCGACUCUCGGCACAGCGAUGGGGCUUGUGACUUCCGUGCAGAUGGUCGGAGUUGGCCUUUCGAACCUCAUUGUCGGACACAUCCUAGGAACAACGUCCAGUGAGCUGAAGAUCCCCUUGUGGCGCUGGCAACAGAUGAUGAUCUUCAUGUUGGCAAACACUAUUGCAUGCGUCAUUGCCUCUGUGACCCUCAAUAUUGUGGAUGAGAAACAGCUUGUUGUGGAAAGGAACGGGUGUUGCCCACAGACGCCGACGUGCUGGGAGGAAUGGGAAGAAGCAAGCGGCUGGUUGUGUUUAUUUUUUGUAGCGUUACACCGAUUGCAUUACAGUAACCAAAACCCAAGCCUCGGGCAACCCUGGAGGGCGUAAGCUCUUUCCAACAGCAUUCCUUGGCAGAGCCUUCCUCUUGCUCAGACACAGCCGACUGCAAUGCUUAAAGCAUAAAGAGUGAAAGAUGAAAGUGGGCUUCAGAUCAGGCAGCUCACACCUUGGUGGGUUUUGUUUUGCUCGUCGCACUCAAACAGCCAAAAUGUGCAACACUUCCACACAGCGGAGCACACGCUUCUCUGUGCCGGUGGGAGGCGGCACUGGAGGAAAAUUCAUCGUCUUUAUGGAGGAACUGGAACGACGCAAAGUUCCCGGUUCCUGCUGACAGAGCUCUCUGCCUCAGACACCGUGCGACUGAGCUGGGGGUGGGUCUGGCGUCGGUGGCGUAUGGCGCACACCCUGCGGCCCCACAGGGAUGAGCAGGGGCAUGGGCUGCACGGCUGCUGUUUAAAGUGUAUCCGUGUGCUGGAGGGAGCAGGAGAGUCAGGGGGAAGUGACCAGUGCUGGCAGCAGCUGACGGGGAAAGCAAAUCAGUGUGACCACCACUUUGAGCUGCUCCACGAGGAGGAAGUGGUCCCGUUAGCAAUAUAAGGAGAUGCAGCUUGACGGACAGGGAAAGCCACACUCAAGAGAGGGUAAUCUUAAUCCCCAGAAGCAAGAUAAAAUGACAACAAUAAUCAGGGGUGCAAAUUUAGCACAAUAAUUAAACCCUGCUCUUUCUGCUCAUUGACUGUGUUUUCAGAAGGAGAAGCAAGGAGCACUUGGGCCAGCAGCCCAGACACCCCACCUGGUCAGGGCUCAGUGUUUCGGUUCUUGGCUACCAAUAAAUCAUUGCCCGCUCUACUACUUCUACCCAUGAUGACAGACGUGGCUUGUCACGUGCCAAAACCCCUCUGGAAUCUGGCCCCUUAUGCUCACAGAGGUCAGCAUCCUUCCACUUUCUCUGGUCUCGCAUAGCACAGCAUCCCAGCUAUGACCUUACUUUAUUCCUCAAAAAAAACCAAACAAUGGAAAAUUCCAACAACAUUCCAAACCAUCCCUUUUACCAACAGGAUGCGAUACGGGAUUUCAACCUGAAAUUCAGGAGAGCUAUCAGAGGGCAUGGAAAAACUGGGUGGCCAGCUGGCUUCCAACCAGUGACGGUGCCAGGUGACAACUGUGUGCUCUCCACAUGGUGACAGGCAAACACCGACCUCUUCCCCACCACGUGAUCACACAGGCCGCCGAGAUGCUUCGACAUCCACUCACCGUGUGAUCACAUCGCGCAUAAGCAACAGUGAGGAUUUUUCAGGGAACAGACCCCGAGUUCCUCAUUCAGUGCUUCAGUAACCACGUGCACACAGCGCAACUUUACAGCUGUUCUUUCACUAAACAAGCCCCAAGAAUGUAGUUUAGAUAUUCCAAGUCUGAUUAACCUCUAUAAAUCCUUCAAAAAACACAGCAGUGCUAUAAAACGCUGACAGAGGACAUGAACCGUCCUCACCAGGAGCACAAAGCGGGCUGUUUAUCAGCAGUGACCCAGUGAUUGAACAGGACAGUACCAGGCGGUGCUUGAUUAAAGGUGCAGUGUGGAAGGCAGCAGCUGUACUAAGGGAACCUGCCCGGAUCCGCGUUAACCAGAUUCCCGAGGGACCUGGAGGGGCGGCACAUUGAGGCUGGUCACGAGCACAGUGGGGUCUCGUACUGGAUGGGCAUUGCAACACCUUUAGAACUUGGCAGCAGCUCUGCCUGGAAUUGCACACACAACUUAAGAAAUCACACAAGUCACCCUUUCACCACUUCCCAAGCCAAGCUCAUAACAGAGGUGACUAUCUCCUUUCCAUGCUGGAAACAGUCACAGGGGUAACAUUCUAUCCCAGGGAUUUAAGCUACAAACCUUCAAUUUCAGGGCAAAGCAAUGAUGUAAUGCAGAGUUGCCAAGUGAAACUACAUUGUAGUCUCUAGUUGGCAGUAGCUCCAAGGAAGGACAAUCCACAAGCUCCCCCAGGAAGCAGAUCCUACCCAAAGCAUCGUGUGUGCUUGAGAGGAGUUUGGAACUAUGAAUGGCAAAACUCCCCGUGUAAAGCACAGAAGUCCCUGUGGAAACCAGCACUGGCUGAGAGGCUCUGCAGGGCUCUCCUGUGAGCUGACGGAUGGGUCCAGCAGAUAGAGAAACCCCUGGCCACGCGGCCACUCAGUCUGGCUUGCCCAGAACUGGAACUCCGGUAGAUGGAGCUACCUCCACGCUGUCAUAGAAUCAUAGAAUAGUUUGGGCUGGAAGGGACCUUAAAGAUCAUCCAGAUCCAUGCCAUGGGCAGGGACACCUCCCACUGGCUCAGGCUGCCCAGGCCCCAUCCAACUCAGCCUUGAACACCUGCAGGGAUGGGGCAGCCACAACUUCCCUGGGCAACCUGGGCCAGGGCCUCACCACCCUCAUCAUGAAGAAAUUCCUCCUUAUGUCCGGUCUAAAUCUGCCCCUCUCCAGUUUGUACCCGUUCCCCUUCGUAAACAGCCUUUACAAGCCUUUGUUAACAGUCCCUCUCCAGCUUUCUUGUAGCCCCUUCAGGUACUGGAAGGUCGCUAUAAGGUUUCCUCGGAGCCUUCUCUUCUCCAGGUUGAAGAACUCCCAACUCUCUCAGCAUGUCCUUGGAUGGGAGGUGCUCCAGCCCUCUGAUCAUUCUUGUAACCCUCAGGGAAGAGAGUCUGGCACAAGAGGAGAGUUCUAUGCGCUCCAAGUGCAGCAGUGGGACUACGACUUCUCCAAUACAGAGCAUUCCCUGCCCAGGGGAAUUACUGCACCAGUCUACAGACAGACUGAAAUAUUGAACAGAUUUGGAUAUUUCAGUCUAUCUACAAUAUUGCUGAGGACUGUAAGCACACCGCUGUGGUGUAUGGAUCACCACGGCUUGCUGCCCACAGAGCAGCACUGACCUGAACUGCCCAUCCAUGCUCCCAUCCCGUCCCACUCCCAAGGGACGAGGGUGCGUGUCUUGUCAGCAGCCUCGGGC